CGAAUACAGUCGAUUAUUUCAGCAAUCUAAUUAACUUUUCAUCAUUUGGCCUACUGCUGAAAGUGAAAUGGCAUCUUCUAGCUCUAAUGUGAGGUCAGCUUUAUUGUUUUGCCACCCAUCUAUGGAAGGAUUGGCUGAACAUAUUGCAAAGAAAUGCUGUGCAGCAAAUUCUGAGACGUUUAUCCCGCUUGUAACUCCUGUUUCACCCUUUUCAUUUGCCGAGUCUGCAGCUGAACAAAGACGUGUGAAGAAGUUCCAGCAGGUUCAGUUUGUCAAGACGAUUCAGUGGGACAAGUUUAAAGAUGGAUGGCCAAAUCUUUUCAUCGACAAAGUGAGAGAAUGUGCGGGAAGGGACGUCAUAUUUCUGGGAAGUUUCCAUUCUCCAGAGGUGGUCUUUGAGCAACUCUCAAUAAUUUACCAUAUGCCAAGGUAUCUAGCGAGAUCAUUCAAGUUUAUCCUACCUUACUUUCCUACUGGUACUAUGGAAAGGAUAGAUACAGAAGGCCAAGUAGCUACAGCAAAGGUUCUGGCAAUGCUGCUUUCUGCUAUCCCUUCAACAGCUCGGGGACCGGCUCAGAUUGUCAUGUUUGACAUCCAUGCUCUGCCAGAGAGAUUCUACUUCUCUGAUCAGGUCAUUCCAAGACUGGAAUCGGCCAUUCCCUUGCUGGUGAAGGAGAUCUUUAACAUGCCUGACGAUGUUCAGGCAAACCUCAGCGUUGCAUACCCAGAUGAAGGUGCCUUUAAGAGAUUCAAUCAUAUGUUUGAAGGCUUCCCGAGCAUCCUCUGUACCAAGAUACGAGAUGGAGAUCAGAGGAUUGUCUCCAUCAAGGAGGGUGAAACGUUCGGUCGUCAUGUCAUCAUCAUAGAUGAUCUGAUACAGACUGGUGGUACACUGAUAAACUGUGCCAAGGUUUUACAGAAGCAUAGAGCUCUCUCUGUGAACGCCUUUGUGACCCAUGCGGUCUUUCCUGAGCAUUCCUGGAAGAGGUUCACAGAGGGCGACGUCAAAUUGGACACGUUCUGGAUCACGGACUCUAUCCCUCAUGCCAAGCAUAUCGCCCAGCAUCCUCCGUUCAAGCUCCUCUCGUUGGGGGAUGCCAUCUCAGAGACACUGCUCAGCUAUGACCUCAAGGAGUGAAUCAUCUAAU